AUGAAGUUCCCGACGCCCAGUGGGAUCGGCAAGGCCCGGGGAAACCAGUAUGAUUCAAGGCUCACAUACUCAGAGACAAUCCGCCACUACACUGAGUCGACACAGGUACGCAGGGAACUAAGAAUGGUCGAGGCCAGGGCGGAACACUGUGAUUUGGAUCCAAGGUUCCUAGGAGACGAGGCCGAGACUGGACCGGUCGAGGAAUUGGUUGAGGUCCCCAUCGAUGAAAGAGAACCAAUGAGGACACUAAGGGUGGGCUCAGAGCUGGGGACACAGGCCCGCGAGAAACUAGUCGAGUUCCUUAGAACAAGCCUCGACGUAUUCGCCUGGACCCACGAAGACAUGGAAGGGAGAAGUCCCGACAUCAUGUGUCACAGGCUGAACAUUGACGAGAAGUAUCCGCCUAAAAGGCAGAAACGACGACCCAUGAACGCCGAACGAUACGAGGCACUGCGGGACGAGGUCGACAAGCUGAUAAGGAACGACUUCAUCCGAGAGGUCCUGUACCCCAGGUGGGUCUCGAACCCUGUAUUGGUAAAAAAGCUGAACGGGGACUGGAGGACAUGCGACGACUUCAAUGACCUGAACAAAGUGUGUCCCAAGGACAGCUUCCCGCUUCCCCGAAUCGAUCAGCUGGUCGAGGCUACGGCGGGACACGACCUGCUGAGCUUCAUGGACACGUACUCAGGUUACAACCAGAUACCAAUGCUCGACCGCGACCAAGAGCACACGGCGUUCGUUACUGACAGAGGCCUCUACUGCUACAAGGUGAUGCCCUUCGGUCUCAAAAACGCUGGGGCAACCUAUCAACGCCUCGUCAACAAGAUGUCCGCGGGGCAAAUAGGAAAGUCAAUGAACGUCUAUGUGGACGACAUACUGUUAAAGAGCAAGAAGAUCGAGGACCAUGUGGAGGACCUUAGGAGGAUGUUUGGCGUACUCAGAGCAUACAAAAUGAAGCUAAACCCCCGUAAGUGUGCCUUCGGCGUAGCCUCUGGGAAAUUCUUGGGUUUCAUGGUGAAUAGUCGAGGAAUCGAGGCAAAUCCAGAAAAGAUUCAUGCCCUUCUCGACAUGGAAUCGCCAAGGAAGCCCAAUGAGGUCCAGAAGCUGACAGGCUGUGUGGCCGCGCUAAACCGGUUUAUUUCAAAAUCUACGGAUAAGUGCGUAUCAUUUUUUGACACCCUGAGGGGCAGCAAGCCAUUCGUGUGGACGGAAGAGUGCGAACAGGCGUUCCAACAACUGAAAGAACACCUCGGGAAACCCCAUCUGCUGUCCAAGCCAGCGACUGGAGAGGUGCUGAGCCUUUACCUAGCGGUCUCGGAACACACCGUUAGCUCGGUGUUGAUCCGCGAAGAGAAGAAGGUGCAGAUGUCGGUGUAUUACACUAGCAAGCGCCUCCUCGAUGCGGAGACGAGGUAUCCCCAGAUGGAAAAGCUCGCCCUCGUGAUGAUCGUGACGGCGAGGAAGUUGCGGCACUACUUCCAGGCCCAUAGCAUUCAGGUCUUGACCAACCACCCACUCAGGCAGGUGCUACAAAAACCCGACACCUCCGGUCGGCUCUUGAAAUGGUCCAUAGAGCUCAGCCAGUUUGACAUCAACUACAAACCGUGGAAUGCCAUCAAGGGCCAAGCCCUGGCGGACUUUGUGGCAGAGUUCACAGGGUUACUGGACGACGCCGAGGAAGUGAACGAGACGCUGCGGUGGAAGCUCUACGUUGAUGGGAGCUCCAACGACAACGGCAGCGGGGCAGAGCUAGUAUUACAUACACCUGAGGGACACAAGAUCACCUCCGCCAUCAGGUUUGACUUCCCUGCCUCCAAUAACAAAGUCGAGUACGAGGCAUUGCUGGCUGGACUCCAGUUGGCGGAGCACCUAAAAGCGGGAAACCUGGACAUCUUCAGUGACUCACAACUCAUUGUGAAUCAAGUGAAAGGCCAAUAUCAGACCCGGGAUGAGAAGAUGGCCGCGUACUUGAAGAAGGUCAAGGAAGCCCUGGGAAGGCUCUCAGCCUAUGAUAUACAACAAGUGCCGAGAGCAGAGAAUAGCAACGCCGACGCUCUCGCCAAGUUGGCGACGUCGAGAGAUGCCGAGCUCCUAAAUCUGGUUCCCGUGGAGGUCUUGAAAGCCCCAACCACGGAAAGGAGGCCCGAGGUCACGCCGGUGGACUACCAACUAGGUUGGAUGGACCCAAUUACCAGGUACUUAGCCCACGGCGAACUCCCAGAGGACAGGAAGGAAGCAAAAAGGGUGAGGUAUCAAGCAGCAAGGUACACGAUGCACGACAACAUCCUAUAUCGAAAGGGCUACUCGACGGCCUUGCUCCGAUGCCUCGGCGCGGAAGAGGCGAAGAAAGUGUUAUACAAAGUGCACGACGGGAUAUGCGGGAACCAUGCGGGGCGACAGUCCCUAGCUUACAAAAUACUUUGGCAGGGGUAUUACUGGCCGAGUCUCAAGAAAGACGCAGCCGAAUACGCGAAGAAGUGUGAGAGCUGCCAAAGGUUUGGUGUGCCGCAUUCUCUCGUGUCUGUCAAUGGGAAGCAAUUCAACAACGACAACACCUGUCAAUUUUGUGAACUACUGGAGAUCCACAAGAAUUUCUCCUCCGUCGUAUACCCCCAGUCCAAUGGGCAAGUUGAGGCAGUCAACAAGAUAAUUAAAGUCACGCUCAAAUGA